ACCGGCUGAAUCUCUCAUAUCGUUUUCCCGAGUUUGUGCGUGUUAUGAACGUCUACGGAUUCCUGUAAAAGCAGGAUUAUCGAAAAUGUCUGAGUACGAAGCCGUUGCAAGAGGACCUCUGAAGUUCAAAAGUAGUUCGGGUAUCAAGAAGAAGAAGAAGAAGGACAAGGACCUUGCUAAGAAAAUGGAACAAGCUGCCAGAGCACCGGCAGAGACAUAUACACCGCAAGUGAACGCAAUCCAUAAAACGAAAGCUGAAAAAGCAUUUCUCAAGAUGCAAGAGAAAAGGCAAAUCGAGAGAAUUAUGGAGAAGGCAUCAAAGACCCACAAGCAGAGGGUGGAGGAAUUUAACCGGCACUUGGAUUUGUUGACCGAGCAUUACGACAUCCCCAAAGUGAGCUGGACCAAGUGAAACGACUGCUCAGCACGUUGCUGUGUGCACCCUGUGAAAGACCCUGCGAAAUAUGAGGACAUUCUACAGCCUCCCAGGAGGACUUUCUUUUUAAUCUUGAGGUUUUUGUUCUAUUAGAUUAAGUUGGGUCUUAAGGAAGAAUUGAACACUGCAGAAGAGUCAUGUUGUGGGGUGAUUGAAUACGGAGUUUCACAAAGUGGGGCAAGGCUGUGACUAUGAGUCAUUUAUGUGUAACACAGCAGCAGACGUGUCCGGAUUCAGGGUUUCCAUGAACAGGUGGCCUGUGCCCUUGAAAUUGUGCUGUUAACCCUGGUGCCGUGAGGGAUGUCUAAACGCGACUUUUUCCAGACCAGUAUGUCGUACACAACAUUUCCUGUGUCAGUCAUAAAGGAAAAAAACGGGACAGCAUUUUGCUAUUAAUUUUGUCUGUGUUCGAAAUAAACUUUUCAGUGAAAAUGAACCUACUGCCUGAUGUAUGUGCGAAUGAAAUAAAUGGAAUCAUCACACCACA